UUCAAAGAAAAGCAUAGUAUAUGCAAAGGUAAUAUACUACGUACACCUAGCUAGAUGGUCUUAAUGGAUAAAUGGAACGUAGAAUUUAAAUUUUACAAUAACACACACACUGAACUGUCAUUAACCUGAAUCGACAAUUCUCCUUAUUUAGUUAACUUCGAAUUCCAAAUUAGCAAAGCAGGUUUUUAUUUCAUUUGAAUCAUGUUUCAGCUUUUAAUUUGUGAGAAACGUAAAAAAUCGCAACAAGAACUGGUAUUCGUCUAAUGAAAUUGUAUACAUUUUCUUUUCUCUCAAGCUCUGUGACAAGCUUUUUUUGCAUUAGAAAAUAGAUUGGGAUUUAUUUUUUUUAGGUUCUUGAUCGCAAGAUAUUGAUGGUGGAGGUUUUUAUACAUCCAGUAUGUUCACUUGGAAAUCAGUCAGCGACAGAAAAUAAAGAAAACAAAUACAAGUGGUUUACAGAAGAACACUUUCGUGUCAGUAGAAUUUUGUGUAAUAAUUGAUCAUCUAUUACUUCUGAAUACUAUGCGCAUAUUAAGUGUUUCAGACCAGUUAUCUCCAAACUCGGGCUAUAAGCUGUAUGCAAAGACUUCUGGAAUGUGUAGCAAUAUUUAUCAUAGUAAUUAAUCCUUUAACUCCUCGGAGUGAUUAAAAUGUAACAUCUUCCUAAAAAAUCCUUGCAUUUCAAGCAAACAGAUAAAAAUACUCUAAAUUUACAAGCAGAAGUUGUUGUCUUGAUCUAACACCAAAUUUUCUGAACUAAUUGACAAGAAAGUGUGUAGUAGCUUGAGAGGAGAAUUAACAAUCAGAUCUUGUGCAUUUAAGGUCUAUAUAAAUCUGAUUUAUGGUAUAAUGUUACUGAAACCUCUGCUUUGGAGGCUGAGUGGAAGGUAGCUUGUGAUUUCAUUGUAUGCGAACAAACAAAAAAAAAAUGACUAAUUGUAUGCUAACAAACAAACAAAAAAAAUCACUAAAAUUUGCUCUUAUUUUCUUUAUUUUGCUUAUGACCUAUAGAGGUUGAUUUCAAAACUGCAGGAUGUCAUUCUUGCAAGAGUAUUGGCUCCAUCAGAAACCAAAGGCAAGAAGAAAGGAAAAAAUGAUAGGAUGUCACAAUGUGAUUGUGUUGAAACAUUACCUGGUUAGCAAGAACUUCAUUUUAAUUUAAUUACUUGAAAGAGGUGUCAAUAAAGUUGUCUAUAUUUUUUGUUAUAAUAAUGGUUUGAGAAAUCACUCUUUACCUUUAGAUCAUGAACUGCUCAUUCAGUAUCAGUUUGUCAGGAAAAGAAUGUGUGGGCAAAUUGUUUUGGUUCAGAAGAAAGAGGUGAGGACAGUAAUUAUAUUUUAUAAGCUUUAAUAAUUGUAUAUUAAAUAUGUUACAUUUUUUUAAUAAACCAAUUUUUUUUCUUGAGGAUAAUUUUGUGCAACUUUACAACUGGUGACAGAAAAAGUUAUGAAAAUGUCCUCUUUAUUUGCUUUUUUCUCCAUUUUACCAACUGAAUGCCUGGAAUGGGCUCAUCCACUAAUAUUGCAAUGAAGAUUCAUUACUUGGUAUAGAUGGCUGGUUGUUUGGUGGUAGAAAUGGGACAGACUAAAAUCCUACUCAAUAAUAAAAGGGUUAAGUUUCUAAAGAAACUAUGGUAUUGCAUGGGUGGGAGAGUAUAGCAAGGUAAUUUGAUUUUAUCAACUGAGUUGGUAACAUUUUAGUGGCCACCAUUAAGAGUUUCAAAAGCUGACGUUUUGAGUAUUAGCCUGUCUCCUUUUGAUCAGUGGAAGGCUAACACUCAAAACAUCAGCUUUUGAAACCUUCACAGUGGCCAAUUUACAUAAUUAUAUUAUCAACUCAGUUGAUAACACCAAAUUACCUUGUUAAUCCCACUCAUUUUUUUCAUCUUAAGUCCCUUAAAAACUGCCAGUGGCAUAAACUGCUCACAACUUGGUCAUAAGGCUCCUGCUUUGUGAAAAUUAAUGAUUAUUGAUCACUAUUGAGUUUUUCUUUUUUUAAUUUGCUUGUUUCUCAAAUGAGUCGCAAGCAGGAGAUCCAAAGGUGGCAAGGGAUGUACAGCAAUCUGACUAUUCAGGUGAUUUUAAUUCUGUGUCAUGUUAUGAUGAAAAUAUUUAUGGAAGUAAAUAUCUAAUUGGUAACUGGAGUGUGUUACACAAGUUCAGGUGAUCUAAAUUUUUUAGGUCAGUCUCACUUAAUAAACAAUGGGCUUGCUCAUAAUUCCAAUAAUUUUGGAGAGGCAAAGAUGGUGAAACAGUGGGAGAUAUCACCUCAAAUUGUUGUGACUGAGGAUAGAAUCCAGAAGUUCUCUCGUUUCCUUCUUUCAUUCCUCUUUCUUCUUUCUUCUUUGGACCACAUUUUUAUUUGGACAAAAUCAAUAAUGAGCCACCAUUGCUUAGAGUACAUAUAGUAUUUUGUUAUUUAGUGCAAAAAUGUGUUAGUAGAAGAAUCAGAGGGGGGUGCAUAAGGGAAUAAGGGGGUAAGUUUCUAAAGAAACUGUGGUGCUGCGUCGGUGGGAGAGUAUAGCAGGUAAUUUAGUGUUAACAACUGGGUUGAAAACGUAAAUUAGCCAUCGUAAAGGGUAAAAAAGCUGAUGUUUCAAGCGUUAGCCCUUCAUCAGAGCGAUGGGAUGGAUGGAUGGAUGGAUGGAUGGGUACAUAAGGGAGCUUGGCCCAAAGAUAGUUAUACAUCAAGUCACCCACAGGUUUCAAUAAUGGCUUGGAGCAAACUUGAAGAAUUGCUUCUGAAACAUUUGGGGAUUUUUGUUUUUCAGGUGGUGGCUAUGAGAGCUGUGUUUUCUAUCCAGAGAAGCUCCAUGUUACAGUCAUGUUAAAUUCUCAACCUGGUGAUCAGAAGCCUUCGGCAAAAUCACAGGUAAGUUGUUCUUUGAUUAUAUCUGUGUACAUUUCAUGAUUAUAAUCAGCAUGCACCAGUACUAAGUGCACAUACUUCUUGUUUAAUUUAUUCAUGAUAACAAUCAUCUUGCACUUUCACACUUAACCCUUUUACUCCUAAGAUCUCAUUUUAAUUCUCCAUACUGUCUGCCAUACAAUGCUUAUGAUUUUAAUUUGGAGAGUUUGGUACUGGAUCAAGAACAAAAUUCCCUGAAUUGAUAUUUUUCUUUAUUCUCAUUACUUGCCUGCUUGAUAUUGUAUUGAUAUUGUAAGGAGAAAUUCUGUCUUGGUCACUUAUGGGAGGUAAAGGGUUAAAGGCACGAGGGGUAUAUCAAUCAGUGUACAGUAGAAAUACAAGCAAAUAAUCUCCCCUGUGAUUAAUUUGUGAUUAAGGGCUUUUUUGAUAAAUCUCCUUAAUACUUGCCAUAAGUGACAGUGUCCAGCCAGUAGCUUUUAUUGACUAAAGAAACUUCAUCCACUGUAAUUAGAAAAUUGCAUAACACUGCUAUUGAGUUUGAUAAAAUUGGUUCAAUUUAGGUGACUGAAGAUGUUCAAGAACAACAGCCUCCCAGGUCAACCAUCAGCAAGUACUUCAGUAAAGAAAAUGUCUAUGCCACACGUUCAACCCUGAAAAAGAGAGCUGCCUCGAAGUGUUUGUAAGUAGAAGUGCUCAUCUCACCAAGAUUUGUUGUCCUGUAUGUUUUUCUGUAACCUUUUCUUUAAUGUUUGCCAUUUUGAUGGACUAAGGGCAAAUGUUAUCCGUCAACAAAUUGACGUUGAAAGUACAAUUGUUUUGUCAAAAUGUUCGAUCUUGUGUUCAGAUUGUCAGAUGAUGAUCGGGUAAUCGUUAGGUCUAAAGGUCUUAAUAUUGAUUUUGUUUUACUCAUUUGUGUAUGGUGUGCUGUUUUAUCCGUUAGGAACAAGAAAAACGACUCACAGGGAAAGAGUGAAUCCUACGUUUGUUCCAAUUUGCCUGCUGGGGUUGAUUCAGAGGAAACAGAAAAGGAAAACUCCAAGGUUUUUGACUCAGCAAAAGUUCAGGAUGUAGAAACUGAUGGAAGAAAUGAAGAUAUCUCUUGUGUUAAUCAGUUCAGCCCAAAAAUUGAAACUCACGACGUCGUUCCACUUCACGAAAGCGAGAAUGGCUCAAAACAAGACGAAUAUGACCAAAAGAUUCUCAAAAGGCGUGGAAACGAAUAUAACGAGCAGGGAUGGUCACAGAAUGAUAUCAGUGCAGAUAGCGUCUCCGUAACGAAGGAAGAUGUUCCUCAAGUAGCCAGUUGUAGUGACGGCUUCAAUUCCUUGAAAGAUGUCACGAACGUUGAAGCUGUUAAAGACACUCAAAAGAAUAAAUUAGAAUCGAUUGUUUCCAAUUCUUCAAAGCUAAAACGACGCAGAUCUUUUUCUGAAUCUGAUACGACUAACUCUGAUUCAGUUCCGUGUCUUAGGUCUCGAAUUUCCAAGUACAGGACCGUUAAGAAACAGAGAGCUGUAUCCAACGAUGAAAGUGGAGGUAAAAGAAAAGCGAUAGCUCUUGUUGAUAGAACAGAAGAUGAUAACGAUUUUGAGACACCUAAGGUGAGACGAAACACGGCAAAGCGCAAAGGUUCGGACUUGUCCGAUGAUCAAGACUUGUUCACUUCUGCCUUUUCAACUGAUAAUGAAACUUCUUCAAAUGUUAAACCUGACGCAAAGGGAACUAUUAACUCCAAAAAAAGGAGGACCAAUCAGGUAGAAAUAAAAGGAAAAGCUUUGAAUGGGAAGGCUGCAAAUUUAGCGAGGAAGCGAGUGACUACACGACAAGCGAAGACGGUGAAUGGGACAGCAGUGACGGAUUUCGAAGGUAAAAUAACUGAUUGCUGCUUCAGUCUCCCUUUCCUCUUGGGACAGGGCCUUAAUCGUGCCCUAAUUUUUCACGGGACGCCUUCUUUGUCUCCUCCGAGGUCAUGUUCAUAGUCCUUAGCACGGUUUAUGAUAGUUCUUCUUCCCAGCAAGCCUGGUGUUCCUCUCUUUCGUUUCCCUUUUUGGGGGUCAAGAUAAGAAAUUUAAUCAGGGACCACCGGGAGGGGGGAAGGGGCAGAGGGGUGGGGAAAGUAACCGGAAUACGCAGAGUUAAUGUCUUAUUUUUUCGAUUUCCUUUCUCGAUUGUGUUCCCGUGUUCAGAUCUUUACCUCCUUUUUUUAACUGUAGAUGUUACUGAGGAGCCUGAGUCGAGUCCGGCGAGGGCGAUUGCAGUAGAAGACAAGCCUGUGAAACUGAAUAUAAGGUACAUAUCACUUGAUAUCCUGCAAAUUUUGUACUAGCUCCUUUUAAGUUUUCCUUCCUGCUUUUCUCCACUAUACAUGCAAAUUUCAAGAGUGUAACCAGCUUGUGGUUACUCCAAAGGUGGGUGCAGUAAUUUCUUUUAGUUGAGGAUAACCCUUUGAGUGACCUACAAAUUGAUUGUCAUGCAGAUUCUCCUUAAUAUGCUAAGCUGUUAUUAAGUAAAAGUGUGAUAGGAAUAGACAAACGUUUUGACUUAACGCUGUUAUCUUUAUUUAAAAGCCAUAUUGUCAUUUAUUCGAUGUCACUUUGCCGUGCAACCUUUUAGGAAAGGAAAUUAAAGAGACAUUGCAUUUUCACUUAUCACUACUUUAAAGUUAAUCAGUUUCUGUUACACCCCUCCUAGAAAUGUUGAGGAACUCACUGCAAGCCAAACAGAGCAACUGGUGAGGGAGUAUACCCGUGAACUGAGGGAUAUAUUCGAGGGCAAGGUAGUUACAUGUUUCUUUUACGUAUCGCGAAAAAGAGAUAUCGAUUGAGUGUUGAAAUAACAAAAUUGCCGCAAUCGAUGGACUGAAAGACAGAUGAAGGACACUUACUGCCUGACUGAUUGAUUGAUUAAAAAAUUAACUGAUUGAUUAAUUGAUUGGCUGAUUGAUUAAUUGAUUGACUAAUCGAUUGAUUGACUGAUCGAUUGAUUGAUUGAUUGAGAGAAAAACAGUACCUCUUUUUAUUGAUACAGAUAUAUUGUCGACGCCAUGAAGAUUACAAGAAAGGUGGAAAGAUGAAAGGUAAUGAAAACUACAUUUCAGUCUGAUUUCUCUCUUUUUUUAUUGUUAUUGUUGUUAAUUGUUUUGAUUGCAUUUGCUUUUUCGCAUGAUGCACAUUGAAAUUGAAACCCGGGUUAUCAGGGCCAUCAUGGCCUGUUCAAAAUGAGUCACUUUUCCCUUCUUUCGCGAUCUCCAAGAAACCUUAUUGCUUUUAUUCAAAGACACCCACACUUCAGUCUCUCUACCGGAAUUCAAGGGGUACAAAUGGGCAGUACCGUGAACCACUAUUUCUAUUGAAUCUUAACGACAUCAAUGAGGUCUGUUUAGGCCACAGUGAGAAAAUAAUGGCCUUAUUGUGUGAUUUUACCUUGGUAAUUUACAGGUGAUUUGGCAUUUCAAGUACAGUUUGGGUCAUUUUCUGAAGAACAGCGAGAUAGGAUAAUGGGAGUCCUCACCAACAUGUUUUGUUACAAACACAGCAAGGUAACACUGUGUUUAAGUUAAACUCAGUGACAGGCUGAGUUGUUAACAUAUCUCUAACGGAAGAUAAUUUGAGAGGUAUAAAACAGAAUUUUAUUGUCUUAAAUUCUCUGCAAUUUUUAUCUCGCCAGUACUUUGAUUAUGUCAGCAAAGUGCUCCUCCCUGAAACGCUCGUGAUGGUGUACAUGAGAGUUGAGAGAAAGACUCGACUCGAGGUAAGUUUCUUUUUUUUUGUAACUUUAUUGAAGGUGACGCCUUCCACAUGUACAUAGUGAUCUACACCAAAGUAGCUUAUAUCGGUUUCCAUAGCAUGUAGCGAGCUAAGGUUUGCACGUUGCAAACUUGAAAAAAAAACUUAGCCGAAGAUAUGUGAAGAGCUGGCGCGUUCUAUCCACAAGUUAGUAGUUUUAGUCGAAUAAAUGUUUUUAUUUCUUUUUUUUUAUUUUAAGGCGGAGCGUUUAUUACUGGAAGGACCAACAUCGUCGAAAUAAAUCCCACUGUUGAGCAACUUCACAUCUCAUCGUUCAUUGAUUUUUUCUCACAGAAAGCGAGAUCAACGAUGUGCAAUUGUAUUGAUUUUCCAAAAGCGGAAAUAUUUGACAUGAUCACAGUUUGUUAGAAGUUUAAUGUCACUUUUUAUUGUGACUUGUUUGGAAAAUGUUUAAGAUAAACUGAAUUUAUUUGUCGCCUGACGUUAUUUUAAAUUUUACACGAACAGUUUGUUUUAUAAUCAGG